GACUCCGACCCUUCUUAUUAUUGAACCCUUCUUAUUAACCCCCGUCGUGGCGAAGCCCAGGCCUCUCGUGGAGAAACCCCCGCUGCCCGCGCGACGCUCGAUUCCGCCGCCGGCCCUUCCCCGACGAUCCCGACGCACGAUUCCGCCGCCCCCCGCGCGACAUAGCAGAAUUCGAUGGAAUUGGAAGAUCUAGUUGUGCCCACAACUACUUUUGAGCCAGUGGAUGUGCUAAUCAAGCCACUCCCGUCCAGGAAGCCACUCCGGUCCACCAAGCCGCUCCCGCCCACCAAGCCAUCUUUGCUUCCAUACCUUCAAUACAAAGAGGACAAAGAAAAGCGGGACAAGGAGGAACGGGCAGAGAUUGAAGCCGCGGAAGAGAAGUGGCACAAAAUUAUGCAAUCAGGAAUGGAAGUCCUGAGGAGGACGGGCCAGCUUAUCGAAAUCGUGUACUGCAAAGUUGAUGUGCGCCACUUGGUCAACCGCACGAGUAACUGUGAUGAAAUCAAGUGGGGAAAUGAGCCUGUUGAUAAGGAGAUUGUGCUCGAGAGAGAAAAUGCCCUCUGGAAUGCUGCUAUGGAAUAUCGGAAAGUUCAAAACAUGGCUUCUGAGUAUGAUUUGAUUCCCAGCAAUAUGACCUUAUUUCCUAUAAUGUCGAAGAAGUCCAUGUGGUACCAUUGCAAUCUUGUGGGCUGUAAGAGAGAAUUUCCUUCAAAAGGGGUGCAACAACAUUUCUUUCUUGAGGUCAACAUGACUCGAGGGAAGACAUACAAUGUGACGGCAUGCAUUACACUUGCUGAUGAUGACGUUGACAAUACAUGUAAGGCAUGUCCUUCUCAUAUGGGCAUUUUGCAUCCAUGCAAAGGAGGAUUUGCUUUUGGGUGCAAAGAAGCAGGUCCAUGUAAGGAGGAUGUGGGUGCCACACCAGCAAGUUGGAUGGACAUAGGUGUGCCCUCACCUUCCAUAUCUGCUUCGUUGCCUACCCUGGGGAAUGAAAGCCUAGGACCUGUCGCCAGAAGACUAUCAGCCUUUCUUGGAGGUGAAACUUCCCAAUCUGUCCCACCUACAGUAGCUGGAAUAAGCGCUCCUCCCAAAUCAGAAUCGUUGCCUACUAUGCUGAAUGGAAGCCCAGACCCUAUCACAAAAAAACAACUGGAACUGGCAUUGGCUAGAGGUGGAACUUCCAGACCCUUUCCACCUGUGGCAUCUGCAAGAAGCGCCCCUCUUGUGGCCAGGCUGAAUCAAAGCCCACGGCCUAUCACAAAAAGACAAUUGGAAUUGGCGUUGGCAUCGGCACUGGCUGGAGGUGGAACUUCGUCAGACAGCACAUCUCAAGACAGGCCCCAAUGCAAUUAGCAAGGAGUACUUUUUGGGAGUUACUUUUUGUGCGUGGGUUUAUGCCAUUUGUUUCACAGGAAGUUAGUCUGGUCCGUGUUAGUUACUGUUAGGCUACUUUGUUUGAAACUGGUCCAGUUUGUUUGGAACUAGAUGAUAAAAUGUACUGUAAGCUGAAAAUGUCACUGGGUGAUUCAUGCUCUGUCUGGUGGAAUUCCUAUUCAAUUUUGAUGUACGGAGUAUUAUUAUUUAUGGUCUUAGGCCAAAUUAUAUUGCUGCUUUCCAGGCAUCAAGAAUAGC